AUGCAUAAGUCAGAAGAGGGCCUUCCGUCCAGGGCUUUGGUCGGUGUGCCGUUGACCCCUGGACAGCCAGGACCUCAGGGGCUGGAACGGGCCUCACACCAGUGGACUGUCCAUCCUGGAGGGCAGGGAAGCCCAUCACCCCCACGGUGCUGGGCUCGGGGCUUGUGUACAGAAGGCCCUCAAAAGAGACUCGACUCGAAUAGAAGGAUCACCUCCCGCACUGAAGGUGCGCCGUGGGGGGCGUGCUCCACAGCCGCGCUCGGUCACCCGGGACUGGAGUGCAGGCCGCCCAGGCCCGCGGUCCUCCAGCCUGGCUGUGUCACUGUUUACAAAACUCUUGUCUCAGUAGGCUCACCGCCCCCCGCCCCGCCCACGUUUUUAAAAUUGUUGCUCUUGUCAGGUUUGGUGUCAGGAACUGCUAGUUUUAUUAAGAGACACUUUCUGUAUUUUUCUGUGCUCUGCAAGUUUCUGGAGCACGGGAACGAUUUAUUCUCGAGGGGGAGGGGUUGCUGCCGAUGGCGCCUCCUUUUGGUCGGCGUGGAAGGCUCCCCGGAGCUGAGAGGAGCCCCUCUCUUCAGUGCAGGUCCUAAUCUGAAGGAGUGGCUGAGGGAGCAGUUCUGUGACCACCCGCUGGAGCACUGCGAGGACACCAGGCUCCAUGACGCUGCCUACGUGGGGGACCUCCAGACCCUCCGGAGCCUGCUGCAGGAGGAGAGCUACCGCAGCCGCAUCAACGAGAAGUCGGUCUGGUGCUGUGGCUGGCUCCCCUGCACCCCGCUGCGCAUCGCGGCCACCGCCGGCCACGGGAACUGCGUGGACUUCCUCAUCAGGAAGGGGGCCGAGGUGGACCUGGUGGACGUGAAGGGGCAGACGGCCCUGUACGUGGCCGUGGUGAACGGGCACCUGGAGAGCGCCCAGAUCCUCCUGGAGGCCGGGGCUGACCCCAACGGAAGCCGGCACCACCGCAGCACCCCUGUCUACCACGCCUCGCGGGUGGGCAGGGCCGACAUCCUGAAGGCCCUCAUCAGGUACGGGGCCGAUGUUGACAUCAACCACCACGUGUUCCCUGACGUCCGGCCCCCCUUUUCCCGGCGCCUCACCUCCCUGGUGGUCUGUCCCCUGUACAUCAGCGCUGCCUACCACAACCUCCAGUGCUUCAGGCUGCUGCUGCAGGCGGGUGCGAACCCCGACUUCAACUGCAACGGGCCCGUCAACACGCAGGGCCUCUGCAGGGGCUCCCCGGGGUGCGUCAUGGACGCCGUGCUGCGCCAUGGCUGUGAAGCGGCCUUCGUGAGUCUGCUCGUGGAGUUCGGAGCCAACCUGAACCUGGUGAAGUGGGAGUCCCUGGGCCCCGAGUCCAGAGGCAGGAGGAAGGUGGACCCCGAGGCUCUGCAGGUCUUCAAAGAGGCCAGAAGUGUCCCCAGGGCCCUGCUGCACCUGUGCCGCGUGGCCGUGCGGAGAGCGCUGGGCAAGCACCGCCUGCACCUGAUCCCCUCGCUGCCGCUGCCGGAGCCCAUCCAGAGGUUCCUGCUGCACGAGUAGGCCGGCCGCGGGCGUGGAGGA